GAAUAGCUGACGACCAGUGUAAAGGAAUAAGCAGUUGUGUGUUUAUUAUAGGAAUAGCUGAUGACCAGUGUAAAGCAGCAGAGAGUAAAGACAAUGAAAAUGAGAAAACUGAUAAACCAGACAAAAAAAAGAACAGGACCAAGAAAAGCAACACCGUUGAGCAGAAUGUGAAGGCCUUGAAUUUAAACAAAUUUGAUUUGGAGUUUGAGGUGGACCCUUUGUUUCACAAAAUGACUGCACAGUUUGAUGAAGGAGGGACAAGUGGGUUGCUGAUGAACAGCCUGUUUUGUCGUGAUGAUGAUUGUGAAUUGCUUUUAGACUCAAAAUCUAUAAUGUAUGGGAAGAACGUAUCACAACCAUCCUCGGAACGUCUUGUUGAAUAUGUUGACAUCACAGAAUUUAAAG